AUGCAUCAACGCGAGAAAAAGCAGGCCGAGCUGACCGACAAAAUUGCGUCAAAUUGGGAGAAAAUCGUGGUCUACGAUCAAAAAAUUGCGACGAACAAUGCCCGAAUCAAAGAGCUAAUCAAUGCGAACGAGGAAUGUUAUGCCGGAAAAGCCCGAUGCGGCGAGAAUAUUCAAAGAAUGUUAGAAGAAGUUAAGAUACUUACGCCUACAAUCCCGGUCUCCAUGCUUAAUACACCAGUGAAAGACGGACCUAAAUCGUCGACGAUGCUCGAACCGCAGGCUCAGUUGAUCACAGAAGAAUUAUUCCAAUUGAACAAUUUUAUCGACGAGGAAAGAAUGGAAGUUUCGAGAAAUUGCACAGUGAAGACACGCAAAUUAGGUGACGGUCAGGAUGUGGUUCAAACUAAGAAACCUCGCUUUAAUCCUCCACGAGAUGAGCAGAUCGGCCAUUCGUGGUCUUUCAAUACAUUCGCUCGUCGUCUCACUGGGUUCCCUCCAUUUAAACCGUCCACUUUACAACGACAAGCAGAGGCUUUGGAGUCACAAGCACGCAAAGAGAAACAAAAGGAAAAGGAUGCGAAGGAGAAGGAGCGUAAAUGGAAAGAAACUUCAGAUGAACAAGAGCUUCAACGACUCGCAAAUUUGCCACCAUUUGUUGUCAGCGCGGAUCCACGAGCAAUGCCGGGAAACUUUGCGACUUGGUCUCUAGAAGAAAUUCAGGAAAAUGCUUUACUUAAAUACGCUUUGCCAAUGAGGAAGCAAACGCCUGUUCAACAAAUCAAGCGAGCAUACCCGAAAGCGAAGCUCUUCGAUUUUUUCGAAAACGUUCGUCCUGCUUAUUAUGGAACCUGGCGAAAGAAACUACGAGAUGGCGUUAGUGGAAGGCGACCAUAUGGAAAAAUGAAAGACAUAGAUUAUGAGAUUGAUUCGGAUCAAGAAUGGCAUCAAGAAGUGGAGGACGCGGAUGAAUGUCUAUCAACAGAAGAAUUUCAAGAAGAGGAUAGUGAGACAGAUGAGGACUUGAUCGGCUUUCGUGUGCCUGCCUGCCAUCUUUCUGAGGGAGAAGGUGACAGCUCUUGUGACUCGACACUCGUACGACCAAAAGAAUCGAAAGAGAUGCGCGAGCAACGCUUACUCAAUCGAGCCAAAGCUUGGGAGGAAUCAAUCCAAAAGAAGAAGAUGACCAUAGCUCCAAACAUCCUUGGUCCAUCGUAUGACAAGGCGCCACCAUUUUGCGAACACCUCGAGGGUGGGUUUAAUACGUCGUCAUCUUUCACGAUGCCGAUGUCCAGACAAGAAUUGGAGCAAGUCGAGCAAUCACUGCAACGGUUGAAGCUCCAAGACCUCAAACACAUAAUUGCGAACUUGAAUAGAAGUAAAAUCGGCAAGAAGGCAGAAUUGUUGGAGCGUUUGACAGUGCUUCUGCGGAAUCCUGCUUCACAGGACCGAAGCUUCCGAGUUAUCAGAGAGUAUCAACAACUGAUGACCUCCAAUUUGAUGCGAACAGGCUACAUACCUCCAGUCAAUCCAUAUGCAUUUGGACAACAGCCGGGAGGCGGUUACCCUUAUGGUGUUCAGCAACAAUUUCCCCCAAAAGUCGUUGUUGGUCUACAUCCGGUGCCACUACCUUUUUUUGACGUCAUCGAGAGCAUUGUUCAGCCAACGGAAUUGCCUCCUGCAGGAGCGGGCCAUGUGAAAUUGCCAGCAAAGCAAACUGUUACAUUCACGAUCCCGGUACAACAUGCUAACCAUCUCAACUACAAUUCGGAAAGUCGCGCUUUACCACGAUACGAAAUUCAGCUCAGGUUCUUUCACCUUGGAGACAAUUGGCAACAAAAACCACAGCCCGACGAUUUUCCAUUGAAUUGCCAAGUUCAUCUCGAUGAGCUCAAUGUUUCGCUUCCGCCUGUCAUUCCAACGAACCGCCAAAACGUCGAACCAAAGCGACCAUCUCGGCCAGUAAACUUGACACCGAUUAUCCAGAAUAUUGGACGUGUUGGAACACGGCAACAUCGUCUCGUCGUAGACUGGACCGCUGAUCGACGUGCUUGGGCUUUUUCGGUCAACUUUGUUUAUCGCCUUAAUUCGGAAAUUUUGAUUAGACGAUUGAAAGAAAAGGUGAAUUGUGUUCAGCCACAAAAUGUCACAAAACAGAUUAUUAUUCGACGUUUGACUACUGGAGAUGAAGAUGGUAUUUGUCUGGAGCAAAUUAAAGCAAGUGUCAAAUGCCCAUUGACUCGAACACGGUUGUCUACUCCAAUUCGUUGCCGAGAUUGUGAUCACCUUCAAUGUUAUGAUCUAGAGAAUUACAUCCAAAUGAAUGAGAAAAAGCCGACUUGGAAAUGUCCUGUUUGCUCUCAUCCUGCGCCAUAUGAACGCCUUCUCAUUGAUGAGUACUUUGUCAAGGUGCUUAACGAGACAAGCAAAGAUGUCGAUGAAGUGGAACUUUUGCGCGAUGGUGGAUGGAAAGUGAUUUUCGAAGAGGCAUUUGCAUUGAGUUCUGAUGACGAUGAAGAUGUGAAGCCAGCUGCAAGCACCCAAGCAAAUGCAAGUACCGUAAAGACAGAACGCCCAAGCACCGAUUCUGGACCACCACCAGCAAAGAAGAAGUGUCCUCCACCCAACGAUGAUAUUAUUACACUCGACGAUUCGGACGAUGACGAUGACGAUGAAAUUCAAAGAGCUACCGAAGCUUCACUUGUCAAGGCAACCAGACAAAAGGAACUGAAUGCAUCAACGGAGAGUGCCAAUAAAGAAGUUGGUUCCACCACCAUUUCUACUUCUCCAGCUGCACAACCCUCAACUUCUGAAGUGACUGCACCAAAUAGUAUUCCUACCACUCCUGUCAGAAAGAAUAACGGAAAUAGCUCAAGUGAGAUUGAGAUUAUCACAUUGAAUGGCGCACCGCCUAGGCCAGUACUAUUAUCGGCUCAAAAUGGAGUUGCCGCGGGAACUUGGAGGCCAGAUUCGAAUGCUUCUGCAUCAUCAUCGGCGGUUGGCAGCUCGAGCACACCAAAUCCUGGCGAAAAUACAGCAAAUGCCGGGAUGAUUCAACCGGUACUCUCCAUGCCUCAACGCAAGGAAAAGCAGGCCAAGCUGACCGACGAAAUCGCGUCAAAUUGGAAGAAAAUUGCCACCUACGACGGAAGAAUUGCGACCAUUAAUGUCCGAAUCAAAGCGCUGAUGAAUGCGAGCGAAGAAUGCAAAGCCAGAAAAGCCCAAUGCAGCGAGAAUAUUCAAAGACUGUUAGAAGAAGUUAAGAUACUUACGCCUACAAUCCCGGUCUCCAUGCUUAAUACACCAGUGAAAGACGGACCUAAAUCGUCGACGAUGCUCGAACCGCAGGCUCGGUUGGUCACAGAAGAGUUACUCCAAUUGAACAAUUUUAUCGACGAGGAAAGAAUGGAAGUUUCGAGAAAUUGCACAGUGAAGACACGCAAAUUAGAUGACGAUCAGGAUGUGGUUCAAACUAAGAAACCUCGCUUUAAUCCUCCACGAGAUGAGCAGAUCGGCCAUUCGUGGUCUUUCAAUACAUUUGCUCGUCGUCUCACGGGUUUCCCUCCAUUUAAACCGUCCACUUUACAAGGACAAGCAGAGGCUUUGGAGUCACAAGCACGCAAAGAGAAACAAAAGGAAAAGGAUGCGAAGGAGAAGGAGCGUAAAUGGAAAGAAACUUCAGAUGAACAAGAGCUUCAACGACUCGCAAAUUUGCCACCAUUUGUUGUCAGCGCGGAUCCACGAGCAAUGCCUGGAAACUUUGCGACUUGGUCUCUAGAAGAAAUUCAGGAAAAUGCUUUACUUAAAUACGCUUUGCCAAUGAGGAAGCAAACGCCUGUUCAACAAAUCAAGCGAGCAUACCCGAAAGCGAAGCUCUUCGAUUUUUUCGAAAACGUUCGUCCUGCUUAUUAUGGAACCUGGCGAAAGAAACUACGAGAUGGCGUUAGUGGAAGGCGACCAUAUGGAAAAAUGAAAGACAUAGAUUAUGAGAUUGAUUCGGAUCAAGAAUGGCAUCAAGAAGUGGAGGACGCGGAUGAAUGUCUAUCAACAGAAGAAUUUCAAGAAGAGGAUAGUGAGACAGAUGAGGACUUGAUCGGG